CACUCCUCGCGUCCCCGCAUCUCUCCUCACGGACGACGCCAUCGACACCAACCUGCUGCUCGACGGCGCCUCGGAUGCUUGGCAUCGCAGCUUGGAGAUCAGGGCUGCUGCUCGCAAGGCAUGGAUGGAAUGCCAAGACAGGGCGGCGGUGCAACGAGCCGCUCGGGCCAACACUCGGACCGCGGACGACAAGUCGCUCCAGGCCGGCCACACGGUGUUUGUGUGGCGAGAGACUCCAGACUUCAAAGGCUGGGCCGGUCCAGGGGUUAUCGUCGCCGAGAGCACUAAUGGACGAUCCUUGUGGGUGAGCCUAAGAGGCUACUUGAUCAAAGCCUCACGAGAACAAGUUCGUCAGGCCACCCCCGAGGAGCACUUAGGAGCAGAGCUCAUCAAGGUGAUCUCCAAAGACAUGCUGGAGGGCCUCGAGGCGGGCACGCUUCGGAACUUCCGGGACAUCGAAGGCGAGGGCAUCCCCAACCAAGAGUUUGACGAUUCCGCAGACAAAGCCUCUCGCAAACGCCCGCUCGAGACGAUUGACGAGGAUAUGGAGGAGUACGUGCCCUCUCCUCACAACGUCCUCUACUUCGGCCCGUCCGAUGCCAUACCCGUUCACCUCCUCUGCGCUUCCGUGUUCAUGACAGGGAAGGACGGCGCCAUGGACGGGGAGCCUGUCCGCCAGCGAUCUACACGGGAAUGCCACCGCAUCCCAAAGGCGAGCGCCAAGUAUAAGUUCGACUCCGAGGACGCCAUGGCGAUGCUAUCUCCCCGUGACAAGCUCUUCUACGUGACCAAGAAGAAGGAGUCCCCCGGGCAGGUGGAAUUUCGCGAGCUGAACUCCGAGGAGAAAGCAAUCUUUCGAAGGUCAAGGGCUAAAGAAGUGAAAUCCCUCCUCGACUCAGGCGCCAUUACAAUCCUCAGCGUCGAGGACAGCCUUAAGUUCGCCCGCGAGCACCCGGAGCACGUCCUCACCUCCCGCUACGUGGAUCGUUGGAAGCCGGAAGAUGGAGUUACGUUUCCCAAAGACUUCGACAUCAAACACAUCAACGCCGACUUCAAGGCCAAGCUGGGACCUAAAUCCAGGUGGUGCGUCGUAGGAUGGCGCGAUCCUCAAAUACAUGAGGUGGAGCGGUCGGCGCCUACGCCGCUCACGUUGAGCAUGCACUUGUUCAUGCAAAUGAGCGCAAGCCGCUCUUGGCCGGCAUGGGUCAAAGACGUGAAAACCGCCUUUUUGCAAGGCAAGCCCACCACCAGAAAACAAAAGUUGGCAUGCAAAAUGCCUUCUGACGAAGCUUUUGAGGGCUACGAUGGCAGGCAGCUCAUACGCUUGGAGACGGAAGUCUACGGCCUGGUGAGUGGGCCGGCUUGGUGGAGAAGGUCGUUGCUGGAACUGUUGGUCAAGUACUUUGGCUACCGGGUAAACCCUUAUGACCGGUGCGUCCUCACCCUCGACGGCAACUCCGACGACGAGGACAGCGAGCUGGACCACACAAUCGGACCUCUCCGGUGCCUUAAGGUGCGAGAGAGCCUCAAACGCACGCAGGGCAUCAUUGUGAUAGAGGUCGAUGACUUGUUGGAGGCUGGCGGUCCUCGCCAUCGUCAGUUGAUGGAACGUCUGGAGAACAAGGUGAAGUUUGGAAAGAUCCAGUGCCUUCGGGAGCAGCCGGAGGGCACGUCCUACGCUGGUCGUCGCGUCUACCAGGACAAGGACUGGGGUUUCAGGUACACCAUGGACGACUACAUCGACCAGCGCCUGAAGCCGGUGCGGUGUGAUCGAAAGAUCUUCAAGAAAGAUGCCGACACUGUGCGCAUCAACGACGGCGAGGAAGCACAACUCCGUGGCACAGUCGCAGCCAUAAACUGGGUGGCUCGCGAAGGUCGCCCUGACGCUAGCGCAGCGGCGUCUAUCUACUCCGGGGUGUUCGGCAAGGCCACGAUCGGGGACAUCCACCGGGUCAACGACGUCGUUCACAAGCUCAAGGCGCACCCGCUCUCCCUGAAGGUCCACCCGAUCAAAGAGUCGGCGAUCCGGCACUUUGUCAUCGCAGACUCCUCCUUCGACCCGAAGGGUGCCGAGAAACCUCAACAUGGAUGGCUGCAGGGAGUCACUACUGCAGCUCUGAACGCCGGAAAACCCGCCAAGGUGAGCCUGCUGGGAUGGCGGUCGAGACGUAUGCGGCGCAAGGCAGGAAAUACCCUUCUUUGCGAGAGCAUCUCUCUCAGCACAGCUCUGGGAGCCCUGGAACGUCAGAGCGCAAUGUGGCUUUCGUUUACGGUGUCGCAUUUCGACCCGCGGCAGAUGGCUCAGGAUGAAGAUGAAGAGCGCGGCCUACACGGCGAAGGCACCGUGAUCCUGGAGGAGAACCUGAACUAUGUGGAUCCCUUGGCAGUGGCGGUCGUGGACGCGAAGAGCCUCUUCGACGCGGCCGUGGCAGAUCAGUCGACCGGAGAAGACGACCGCGCGGCUUUGGAAAUAGCCAUUGUCAAGGACAGCCUCAACAAGCUCCAGGGCCGCCUGCGUUGGAUUCCUCACAACGUCAACCCAGCUGACCAUCUGACAAAAGCCGUAGGAGCUCACGAGCAACCGCUCAUGGAGUUCAUGUUGUCCGGACAGUUUUCUAUCGAAGCCGAGCACGAAGUGCUCGAACGCGGAAAGCAGAGCGCUUUUCGAAUGAAGUCAAGAGUCAGCUCGGCUUACUAA